AUGUGGUCUCAAGUUGGAGACGCUUUACAAGAUUUCUAUGAGACUUUUGGGCCGGAAAAGGUCCCCGUUACUGCCUUCUCCUAUUGGAAUUUAAUCAAGGACAUGAUUCAGGAUAGGGAAAAAUCCCCAGAAGUUUCAGAAACUGUGGCUCAGACAGAGAAAAUAUUAAAAUUUGUGGGGCAGUCAACUUUGUUCCCCCCAUUACAGUAUCACCCUAUAGCCUUGCCUAAGGCCAGGGACGAGUUUAAACUCGACCCCCAGACCUCCAACAUCCUUCAAACCACCCAUAGCUUGCUUAAUGCCUCCAAUUUUAAACUUGCUCAGAACUGCUGGCUUUGCUUAAGAGUAGGACAGCCUCUCCCCCUUGCCUUCCCCACUUCGCUCUCCAAUUACUCCUCUGAGGGACAGUGCUCCUUAACCCUUCCUUUACAGGUACAGCCUUUACAGUUUACUAAUUCCUCUUGCUACCACACUCCCUCAGUUAACAAUAGUUAUGAAAUUAAUGUUGGCUUUGCCACAUUCGCUCAGUGUUUGACAAUUGUUAACAUCUCUACUCCCCUGUGUGCUCAGAAUGGCUUGGUCUUUGUUUGUGGGAACAAUGAGGCUUAUACCCAAUUACCCACUAAUUGGAUGGGAUUAUGUGUUUUAGCUUCUCUCCUACCCGAUGUAGAUAUUAUACCUGGAGACGAGCCUGUCCCUGUCCCUUCCAUUGAUCACAUAGCUGGGAGGGCCAAGAGAGCCGUACAGUUAAUUCCCUUACUUGCUGGACUGGGGAUUUCUGCCGCAGUUGCAACUGGAACUGCUGGCCUUAGCCAUUCUAUAUCUCAAUACAUCAAAUUGUCUACCCAAUUAAUCUCAGAUAUGCAAACUAUUUCCCAAACUAUACAUGAUCUUCAAGAUCAAUUAGACUCCUUGGCAGAAGUAACAUUACAAAACAGAAGAGGCUUAGAUUUACUAACUGCAGAACAGGGAGGUAUCUGUUUAGCCAUACAGGAAAAAUGCUGCUUCUACACCAACAAGUCCGGUAUAGUCAGAAACCGAAUCAAACAGCUGCAAGAAGACCUGGAAAAGAGAAGAAAACAACUGGCAGAAAACCCCCUUUGGACUGGACUUAAUGGAUUCCUGCCUUAUUUCUUACCCUUUUUAGGGCCGCUUGUGGGCUUGCUUCUUUUGCUUUCUUUGGGGCCCUUUUUACUUAAUAAAGUCACAGCCUUUGUUAAACAACAAAUUGAGGCUAUUCAGGCAAGGCCUAUACAGGUCCAUUAUCAAUGCCUUGAGAUGCAAGAACAAAGUGGGGCCUAUAUACCACUACAUCCACCUUAA